UUCCUCUUGGGUUUUGUCAUCGGCCAUCCUUCGUCGUUCCUCAGCCGUUGUUCUUCAUUUCUAUAUUUAUUUAUUUAUUUUUAUUUGGGGCUAUUUGUUCUCAUUUUUUAUUUCUUCGGUUUUUGUUCGUCUUUGGUUCUUGCCCAAUUUCUUCUUGAUUUUUUGAUACCAUUGGGAACGAUGGAGGUCUCUAUUUCCUUUGUUUCCAAAGCGAAGACGGUCCUCAACUCCGCCGCGGCCAAGGCCGAGAAGGUCAUCACUGAAAUCAAAGCCGAUCUCAAACGCGAUUUUGAGUAUGAUGGAGACUACUUCAAGACAGAGACCAAAGCUUUGGAUCAACAGCAGCAAGAGGCUUCAGAUAAGGCAACCACAGUUCUGGAGGAUGAUGGUCAAGUAGAAGAUAACAAUAACCUGUGCAGCACUGCCACUAUUCCAGCUUCAGUUUUGAGACAGCUGGCUUCAGCUGUUGAGUGUGGACAGAAUUUUAAUUCUAUAAACGAUAUAUUGACUUCAGUUGGGCAUCCUUCACCUGUCAGAGAGAAGAUUGUCUUAAGUUUUUCUACAGUGAAGGCAUUGGUUCUUCGUGAAAAGGAUGAUAAAUCGUGUCUUGAUUGUUGUGGGGAUGAGGAAUUCCAUUCCCUGAUGCCUUUAUUGUUUGGUUCAGGGGAGUAUAUGCCCAAGAGAAAAGUUUCUUCAUGUUUAGCAACACUUCCUUCAAUGUAUUUAUCAAGGGAAAUUCACAGUGCACCUCCUGAAAGCUUUGUUGCUCGACUUUCCGAAGUUAUCGGAAAUUUUAAAUCCCUGCAGAAAAUGGCGUCAUUUUGGGGUUGUGUCAUUAGAGAACUGAGGAGACUGUGGUCUGAAGAGCGGCCUAUACCACAUGUUCAGUUGGAGGCUGAUCCUGACCUAAAUUCUUGCCUUCUUCAUCAACAGCUUCAGGUCAUUAACUGUUGUAUUGCUAGGAAACAUCGUCGAGUGCUCGCCUUAGAGUCAUUGGAUUCUGUAUUAAAAGAAACCAGUGAAGGCAGUGACACGUCACAUAUCUUCCAGUGACUGAUCACAAGUUUUUAUGCGAGAACCUACUCCGGAGAUUAUGUUCUUAGACUUGGUGCUGAUUAUCCCUCUGAAAAUUUAACCAUGCUAGAAACAGGUGAACCCAUAUAUCAUCCGGUUAUGCAGGAAGGACCAAUUUUAACUGAAGAACUUAUCAAAGAAAAUGAGGAGCUUGUGCUGCGUACUGGAAGUGUUGGCAAUGGGUGUUCACAACUUCUCUCUGACAUGCAAGCUUUUAAGGCUGCAAAUCCUGGAUGUGUUUUAGAGGACUUCAUCAGAUGGUUUUCUCCACCAGAUUGGAGGGAAAGUGAUUCAGAAAAUGAAGAAAAUAUUCCAACUGGAGAUGAUUCCAGUUCAAGAAGAGGACGACUAAGUAGACGAAUGCAGGAAAAAGGUAAUUUGUGGCGUGAAUUAUGGGAAACUGCAACACCAUUGCCGGCUAUUAGACAAACACCACUUUUUGAUGAGGAUUUAGCUGUUGAAAGCAUCUUAACCUCCUUGGAGGACAUUGCACCAUCAGAGCUAUUUGAGCAGCUUUUUGUUUCUGUGCUUUCCUCGGGCUUUCUCAUUGCAGAGGCAACCCUCCCCACAGACGGCAACGUGUCCAAACUAUUCAAGAGUUGCAAAGAUUAUGUCAUUUCGAGUUACCAAGCUGGCAGUACAAAUGAAAACCUUGCUGAUAUCUGUGAGGUAUAUCAAACAGUAGAGAAGAUUAUGACUCAUCCCGAAGAAGCCAUUCUAAUUAUGGAUCAACCAGAAGAAGCAAAAUCUGGAGAGGCGAAUAACCGCUUCAAAAAAAUUAGCCUUAACUUUCUUAGCAAAGACAGACAGCCUUCGCGAAAGGUAACAACAAAUGAUGAAAAACAUUCAGAAGGGAGACAAUCACAUGUAUUCUCUCGCUUAUUCGAUAAAAAGACAUCUUUAUUUUCUAAGAAACAUGCCAAAGCUGAAGCCGAUACCAGUGCAUCUUCAUCUGCUGUGCCAUCUGGUGAGGAUGGAAGUGAUUGGACCCUAGUUUAAAAACAAAUCAAGUGUUGUAGAUAC